AUGAAAAUCACCCAACAUGUUGUGUUGGCACUUCUACUCUCUACAAUACUAGCACAUGAGUCCUAUUUAGUUUCACUUCAUCCAAAGGAAACUUUAUCUACAUUCAUGUCAUAUGACUCAACCUAUCCUUCCCAUCUUCAAGUUAAAGAACUAAUCAAAUCAUCAUUUCAUAUUGGAAAUUUUAGUGGGUUUUCUGGUAAUUUCACUGAUCAAAUCCUUCAAAGACUAUCUAAAUGUCCAUUAGUUGAAGAAAUUGUUCCUGAUAUAACUUUACAUGCAUAUGAUUUAACCCAUCAAUACCAUGCUCCACGACACUUGGCAAGAAUAAGCAGGAGAAAAAGAAUGAUUCCAUUAAGAAAAUAUCCUUUUAUAUAUGAUUCAAAUUUUAUUGGACGAAGAAUUAAUGCUUAUGUUAUCGAUUCUGGUGUGGCAAUUGGACAUCCAGAAUUUCAAGGAAGAGCAAGAUCUGGAAUGGAUUUUACAAAUGAAGGACCAGGAGAUAUUAAUGGACAUGGGACUCAUGUUGCAGGAUUAAUUGGAUCACAAACAUAUGGAGUUUCUAAAGGAGUAACAAUUAUUGAUGUUAAAGCAUUGAAUGCAAGAGGUACAGGAGCAUUAAGUACUAUAUUGUUAGCAAUUGAAUAUGCAGUAAAUCAUCGACUUCGUUCAGGUAGACCUGGUGUGGUGAAUUUAUCAUUGGGUGCUUAUAAAAAUAAUUUAUUAAAUAGAGCAAUUGAGCAAGCUACUUUGACGGGAAUGGUUUUCGUUGUUGCAGCCGGAAAUAACAAUAUCAAUGCUUGUUUAACAAGUCCAUCAAGUUCACCCUAUGCUAUUACCGUAGGAGCAAUAGAUGAUUUUAAUGAUUCCAUAGCCAGUUUUUCAAAUUGGGGACAAUGCGUUGAUGUGUUUGCUAGCGGGGCAUAUGUCAAGAGUGUUGAUAUAAGAAGUAAUGUAAAACCACUGACAUUACUGGGUACUUCGAUGGCUGCACCGGUUGUAAGUGGUAUAGCUGCAAAUUUAUUGAGUGAAGGUAUUGAUCCCGAAAUGAUUAAAGACCAUAUUAUUGAGAUAUCUACUAAGGGAAUGAUUUCCAGGUCUUCUCUAUUUCUUCGCAAAAAGACACCCAACAGAAUAGCCAAUAAUGGUGUUUGUACAGGAUACAAGAUGAAUCAAAAUGGGGACCUGUACUUUGAAGACUUUGACGACUGUGAAUCAGAAUAG